AUGGGUUUGGCAGGAUUUCUGAGAAAACUCCAAGAUAUCUAUACUACUCAUAAACUCAUAUCCACAAUUUUCUUGUGUUUCUUGAUCAUACCUCCCACUUACUUCUAUAGCUUCUAUGUCUGGGGGCAUUUAUCCAAUGUUUUUCUCACAAAUAGUAAAGACCUGAACAGCUUUGUAGGCGCAACCUUUCGUUAUGUCUCAUUUAUUGCACAAGUCGAAGCUUUUACCGUUCUUGGCAUAUCUAUGUUUUCCUUGCAAAUGCCAAUUUACUAUAUCUUGGCCUCACAGAAAAAAGUAGAUUCAGAAGCGGAGUUGAGCAUCAAAAGCCUGAUAUUAAUACUUACUAAACCCGCCAGAAGCUUACUUGUUACGUGGUUCUUGGUAAGGAUAAUUAAAUUGGCUUAUAUAUUCUUCGGAUUGUUAGUUUUGCAUCGGCACAUGGAGUUGAUUACUAAUUCUAGUUGUGAGCAGCAACAUGAUCUCAGUCAAGUCUUAGCCAGCAACAUUGGCACAAUGAUUUUCGUUGCAGGAGGUGUCUUAAUCUUUGCUUAUGUGGCCACUUUUGGGAACUUGGCAAUUGAUAUAUCGGUUCGUGAAGAGAUUGGUGGAACCAGGGCAUUGAAGAAGGCUUCAGAGGUUUUAGAGGGAAAGAGGAAACUAAUUGGAUUUCUCGUGAAUCUGGUACUGGGAGUUAUAUCUGUAUGGUUGUUUGAAGGGUACGUGUACUUGAACACAUGCUCAAAAGUGUCGGUGGAGUCUAAGAGGUUCAUGUUGAUGAACAUAUGGCACUAUGGUAUAUAUCAGGUUGAGUUUUACACAUGGAUAUCCUUCUCAUUCAUGUAUUCAAUGUGGAAGAAGGAUCGUGGAGAAGUAAAGUUUCAACCCCAGGGAAGCUUGAAACGCAUUCUGAUGGAGGAGGAGGAGGAGGAGGAGGAGGAGAAGGAGCCUUUGAUUUAA